AUGAUCGAGGAGCUUGUCAUUUUCCGCUGGGGCGCGCCGCGAGUUUUAUUGACGGACACGGAGUUCAUUAACCGGGAGAUCGGGGCCCUCGCGGCCCAGUACGGUAUUAGCCACUCGACGAUUCCGCCAUACCACCCGCAAGCGAAUCCGGUCGAACGCGUGAACCGCGUGCUUAAAACCGUGAUUACCGCGUUCCUAGAGCGGGAUCACCGGGAAUGGGACCUCCACCUCGCCGAGUUCCGCUUCGCGUACAACUCCGCGUACCAUACGUCCCUCCGAACGACACCCGCCUUCCUAAAUUUCGGGAGGGAGCCGGACCCGGUACGCCUAACCGACCCCGCGGAGGCGGCGGCGACCGCGGUCGAGUUAUCGAAUCCCCAGCAGUGGGGCCAACGCAUGGAGCGCAUGCACACUCUGCGAGCAUGGGUGGUGGAAAACCUGGAGGCCGCCCGGGAGGUCCAAGCACGUCACUACGAUAAGGGGAGGAGGGACCGACAGUAUGAGGUCGGCGCGCCCGUGUUGAAGCGGCAGCACGUAUUGUCGUCCGCGGCCCAGCAUGUCUCCGCGAAAUUGGCGACCAAAUUCCACGGCCCCUACACCAUCGCGAAGAUCUUAUCGCCGGUCGUGUACGAGCUGGCGGAUCCAGGGGGGGCUCUCGCGGGCAAGGUGCAUGUCAAGGAUCUCAAGCCUUACCACGAGCCCUUUGGUCCCUAG